AUGUCGCGAAUUCCUGUCCCGACUUCGCCCAACCGGUUCUCGGAGACCCAGAGCGUCUCGUUUCCCUCCUCCGACCGCGCCUCUUCGCCUCUCCCGCCCCGCCCCGCCUCGCACCACGCAAAUUCGGCCUCCAUGUCCACCGUCUCCGGCAGCACGGACAGGAAGAAGCUCUCCAAGAGGGCGAUGGGAGACGAAGCGCUCCGGAAGCGGAUCGAGAGCGAGCUUGCGCGGAAGCGGACGAUAUCGACGACGCAGCAGCACUCUUCGGGCGGACGCAGGCGGGCGAAGCCGAGCGUGGCAAAGGGCACCGUCGCAGCCCUCAAGCCCUCCCCGGCGCUCACCGUCCCAGAGUCGAUCACCGUCGCAGAGGCCAGCCAGCUCUGCGCCGCCAAACGCACAGACUGCGUCCUCGUCGUCGACGACGAGGAGGGCCUCAGCGGCAUCUUCACCGCCAAGGACCUCGCAUACCGCGUCACCGCGGAGGGCAUCGACCCGCACCACACGACGGUCGAACAUGUCAUGACCCGGAACCCGAUGGUCACCCGCGACACCACCAGCGCCACCGAGGCCCUGCAGCUCAUGGUCCAGAAGCACUUCCGUCACCUCCCGGUCUGCAACGAGGAGGGAAAUGUCGUCGGCCUCCUCGAUAUCACAAAGGUCUUCCACGAGGCCCUCGACAAGGUCGAGCGCAGCUCCUCCGCCUCGGAGAAGCUCUACAGCGCCCUCGCCGGCGUCCAGAACGAGCUCGGCGUCGGCGCCACCAACCCCCAGGCCGCCGCCAUGCUUUCCUACGUCGAGGCUCUUCGCGAAAAGACGGCCCUGCCUGAUCUCACGACCGUCAUGGACUCCCGUACCCAACCAGCGACAGUCGGCCCUAAAGCGACCGUCCGCGAUGUCGCCCGUCUCAUGCGCGAGCACCGAACGACCGCCGUCUGCGUCAUGGAGCCUCCCAACCCGGCGAGCGGGAACGCUAACCCGCGCAUCGCCGGAAUAUUCACCAGCAAGGACGUCGUGCUGCGUGUCAUUGCUGCCGGUCUCGAUGCGAGCAGGUGCAGCGUCGUCCGUGUCAUGACCCCUCACCCCGACACCGCGCCACCUACCACGACCGUGCAUGACGCCCUGAAGAAGAUGCAUGUCGGUCACUUCCUCAACUUGCCCGUUGUCGAGGCAGACGGCAGGCUUGUCGCCAUUGUCGACGUCCUCAAGCUCACCUACGCCACACUCGAGCAGAUGAACAACAUGUCUGCCGAGCAGCUCGGCGCUCAGGGCAACGAGGCAGAGGGUGGACCCAUGUGGGGCCGCUUCUUCGACUCCAUCGGCCACGACGACACAGAGUCGCAGUUCUCCGGCUCACACAUGCCGACGGACUUGCACAACUCGUCCUUCAGCCUGUCGCAGAUCCAGCAAUCGCCUCACUCCGAGGUGCACCCGAACGACUCGGCUUCGGUCGUAGACGAAGACAAGGGCUCCGUCAUCUCGGGCUUGCCGGCGCGCAAGGGCCUGAAUAUCCCGUCUAUCGCCGGUGCUGGUGUACCCGCGCCCGACGAUGGGACAUACGUGUUCAAGUUCCGCACACCCAGUGGCAACACGCAUCGAUUCCAGUCACGUCAUGACGACGUUGAACAUCUCCGCGAUAUCGUCGUCGGCAAGCUCGCGCAGGACGCGUUCUUCCUGGAGUUCAAACCCAAGGGCCCGGAUGACCCCAUCCCGGACCCGCUCGACUUCCGUCUUGCAUACACCGAUGCGGACGGCGAUACCGUGCUCAUGACGUCCGACGACGAUGUGUCGGACGCUGUGAAGAUCGCUCGCAACUCGGGCCAGGACCGCGUAGUGCUCAUCAUCCAAGGGGGUCAUGGAUGGGUGGAGGCGGGCGCGAAUAAGAGCGCUGAGAGGGCGCAAGAGGUCGCUGCCGCUGCUGCGAAGGAGAUCAAGGAGGUGGAAAAGGCCGAGGCGAAGGCUGUGGAUAUCCUGCCUGACGGUGCCGCCAUGGCCCCGCCCGCACCUGUGCACGUCAUUCCGAACGACGAUGUCUUCGGUAUUCCCCGUGACCUUCUCUUGCCAGCCAGUAUCGGUGCACUCGCCGUCGCGAUUAUCGGCGUCUUCACCAUCUCACGUUUGGCCAGCGACUGA